GCAUUUAAAAGAUAGUUUUUUUAAAUAGAUUUUUUUUUAUGUGUUUGGCUUGAUUAUAAAACCUGACCCUACCCCCUGAAAUCAAACAGGUCAUGCCUGAAAUUACUAGGUAUUUUAAAAAUACUUUUUAGUCAAGUUUUGGACAUAAAGUAUUUUUUUCUUUCAGUUAAGUAAACAUACUCAUUAAAUAUAAUCAAUGGAUAAGAAAAAGAAACAUGCAGAAGAGAUGAAGGUUCAUCGGACCAAGUGGACAGAUGAACAAAAGAACAAAAACAGAGAACAAAGUAAAAUUAGGAUGCAGAAAUAUAGAGAAAGAAAAAAAAAAGAGACUCAGAUCCUGGAACAAAAUCAAAAUCAAGACUGUAACAAUAAUUUAAAAUCAAUUGAAACUAGACUACACCAGAAAAAGAAAGAAGACAGACUUAGGAAACAACGGAUAUAUAAACAAGAAUGGAGAAAGAACCUAACAGCUCAAAAAAAAAGACGAAUAAGAGAGAAAGAUGCAGCCAUGAAAAGAGCAAUAAGAAUUAAGAAAGACCAGAGGGCUACGAAAGUGUCAAUGAAUUUUACAGCACAGAAAACAGAAACGGUUUACCAAAAAGAGGCCUUACGUAAAGCGAUUUACCGCUCAAGAAAAAACAUGCCAGUCAGUCCUGCAAAAUAUGCCAAAGUGGUAGGGGGACUUAUAAAAAAUACAACACCAAGAAGAAAAAAAGCAUUAGAAAAUGAAGGAAUUGGGUCACCGUCUGCAAAGAGAAACUUGAAAGAACUAUUUCAAUCUGUUAGAGAAGCGCAUCUUGAUCUAUUGAAAGGAAAAACUGAUCUGCAAAAAAAAAGGAGAAAAGAAUUUUUAAGCCACUUUUCAACCAGCUUGAGCCAGAAACCAGAAUUCAAGAAAAUAUUCUGUAUGGCCACAGGUAUAAGGCGUAAGUAUUUAUCUGAAGAUUAUGUCAAGCCAAAACCCAAAAAGAGAAGAAAAGAUGCAACAUCAAAACAAACAACAGAUGCAGUGAAACUUUUUUUUAAAAGUGAGAUACACUCUGCAACAAUAUCUGAUAAAAAAAGCGUCAAAAAAGAUUUGCAGGAAAAACAUGUUUUAAUGAUGUCCCAAAAAAGCCUAUGGAACAAAUGGAAUAUUGAAAACCAAACGCAAUUAUCAUUCUCGAAAUUUUGUGAAUUAAGACCAAAAAAUGUACUCACUCAAGGACAUCGGAAGCUUUAUCAAUGCUUAUGUGAGUAUUGUGAAAACGUAAAGUUGAAAUUGAUUGCAAUAAAUAGAUUCCUGGCGCAUGAUCAUCCAGAACUUAAAUUCACAGAUGAAUUUGAUGCUGUAAAUAAAACCCUAUGUCCAAAAUUGGAAGCUGAAAGGUUCCACAAAAGAGAUUGUAUUGAUAGAAAGUGUGCUGAAUGUGGCACUUCCAAACUCAGAAACAUGUUUGAUGGUGUUGUGGAAAGUGAAGAAAAUCAGCCUGAUGUGAAAUGGAAGAGGUGGGAUAUUGUCAAAACAAUCAACCAUAAAACAAAGAAAGAGAUAACAAAAAGACAAGAAAUAGAAAAGACUGGACCUCCAACAGAUCUAUUAGAAGAACUACUAGAUGAGUUAGUAUUUUUGUCACCCCACCUGUUUGAGGCUCGUUGGCAGCAAGAGCAAUUUGCAGAAUUGAACAAAAAUUUCCCACAAAAUUCUAUUGUUCUUACUAUAGACUUUGCUGAGAAUUUCUCUUGUUUCAGCCAACAUGAAAUUCAGGGGGCACACUGGGCAAAAGACUCUGUCACAAUCCAUCCCUGCAUUGCUUUGUACAGGUGCCCAAAAGAUGGACAUAUAGUAGACGAAUGCAUUGAUAUUGUGAGUAAUGAUUUGCUACAUGAUAACCAUGCAGUUCAUACCUUUCUUCUUGAAGUAGUAAACCAUCUUAAACAGCAACAAAAAAUUAAAAUAGACCAUGCAUUUAUUUUAAGUGAUGGGUGUGCAGCCCAAUAUAAGUCCAGAGUUCCAAUCAUGGAUGUAAGCUGCAGUUCAGAAGAUUUUGGCUUUACAGUUGAAAGAUGUUUCUAUGGUAGUAGGCAUGGCAAGAAUAGGUGCGAUGGAGAAGCUGGAGUAAUUAAGUCUAAGGCAAGCAGAGCCAUAAAAAAUAGUGAGGCCUGUAUACCAGAUGCCAGAUCUUUUCUACAGUGUGUUAAGGUUUUAGAAAAAGGAGCAGAAAAAGCUGAUGGUGCAUGUAACCAUAACAGAAGAACAAUUUUAUGGUUUUCAAGUGAUGACAUCAACAGAAAUAGACCAGAUAGAAAUGUUAAAACUGUAAAGGGCACUAGAAAACUUCAUUCAGUUUUAGGAAUAAAGAGAGGAGUAAUAAAUACAAGGAGAUUGUCCUGCUUCUGUUCUCAGUGCAGAGAGAAAAGAUACGAUAGAUGUCUUAACACCAGAUAUGUAGAAGGCUGGAAAGAAGUUCGACUUAAGUCAUUCAACAGAAAUAUACCAGUUAAUGAAGAUGAAGUUGGGAAUGCUGGUGACAAUGAUGUCCAUGAAGAUGCUGCUGAUGAUGAUGAAGAUAGACCUAUACUUGAAGAUGCCGAUGAUGAUGAUAGGCCUAUACUUGAAAACGCUGAUGAUGAGUUUGAUAAUGAUAAUGGUUCUCCAGGGAUCCCAGACCUCCAGAUUGAGGACAUCAACAACAUAAGCUUUGAUCCAAAUACCUCUUUUUCAUAUAUAAAAGAUGAUGACAGUGUUGUACAGAGCCAAAAAUUUCAAGUACAGAAGAAGACACUAUAUGGGUCCAGUAUUAUGAAAAGCGACACGCUAACUGGACAUUACAGGACAACAAAUUUACUGUCCAGAUCAGUGAUAUUUCCAAAAAACUGCCUCCUCCUGAUCUUGUUUUUUCUGGGUCCAGAUAUAGUUUCAAAUUUAAUAUAUAGAUGUUGCUUUAUUUGUUUAUAUCAUUUUGUUAUUAAAGUAUAUGUUGAUUUAAAUGUGUUUUUUAGAUUACCUAAACAGAUGGCUAUAAUUUGAGAUCUUAAUCUGUAAUGUUACCUGCUGGUUUUGAAAAUUACAAGCACCUGGUUAUAUCUACCCCUAAUUGUGUUCACACGUAUCAUAUGACUGGUGAAGAGGUUUACACCUUCAUAAUGCUGCUUUCAUGCAAGACAUUGAAUGUGUGAUUUUGUUAUGAUGUUGACACUAGUACUUUAAACUUAUCUUGUCAUUUCUAAGGAUGUCAUCGCAUGCAUGCACGUUUGGGAGACAAAAUCAUAAAAAAUGGCUGUUCAGCAUGGUGGUUAAAAUUUGGAUGUCAAUCAGGUUGUGUGAUUGUUUUAUAUGAUAAUUAGAUAAGAAAUGAAUGUAGAAACAAUCUGUAUGUAUUAGUUUUGAAGAUUUAGGGUCUGUUGAGUAGUGUGUGAGUAAAAUUUCAACAUGAAAUACAAGAUUGUGAAUAAGUGUCUGUCCUGUUACGUGAGUUAGAAAGUUGAUAUGUGUAUUAAUAACAGUUAAUUCAGAUGUUUUAGCAACUUAUUAUUGUUUCAGUUAUUCUAGAAUAAAAUUUAAUAGAGUUAACUUAUAGAAAAACAUACAAGUUGAUCUAUCUUUACAUCAAUUGCUAAAAGUAUUUAAAAAAAUAAAAAAAGUUCUCGUGAUCUUAACUGUCCACAUCAAAAUAACCGCAAUAAUUGAUGAGAAUUAGAGUUUCUGAUAUAAAAACUGCAUAGAUAUGUUUUUUUCCAUCUAUAUAAAGUUAUUAAUACCAUCCAUUACUAAGAAGGUGUUUAUUUAUAAGGUUAUUUAAUAUGCAAAUGUCUGUCCUGUUACGUGAGCAAUUGGAUCAAAGGUCCAACACAAUUGGACCAAAAUAACAUGUAUAUACCACAGAAACUAUCUAUUGUAUAUAUUUUCUGGACAGGUAAGAUACUUAAGCUUUAAAUAAGAGUAAAUAUAAUGAUCAAUUAAGCAAUUUUUUUUUUUGGUCCA